AAACGCGACGCCAAGAUGGUGAAGGUCGCGGCGCUCGACAAGCCGACGAUCGUCAAGAAGCGCACGAAGAAGUUCGCGCGCCACUUCAGCAACCGGUUCAUGAAGAUCCGGAACUCGAGCUGGCGGAAGAUCCACGGUAUCGACUCGCGCGUCCGGAGGCGCUUCAAGGGCACGAUCCCCAUGCCGAAGAUCGGUUAUGGUUCGGACAAGAAGACGCGGCACCGCCUCCCGUCGGGCUUCUACAAGUUCGUCGUCAACAACGUGUCCGAGUUGGAGCUCCUCAUGAUGCACAACCGGACCUACGCGGCGGAGAUCGCGCACUCCGUCUCGUCGCAGAAGCGCAAGGCCAUCGUCGAGCGCGCCGAGCAGCUGAACAUCAAGGUGACGAACGCGAACGCGCGGCUGCGCGCGGAGGAGGCGUAA